GUGCCGCCCGCAACCUUGGCGAUUAAUGGUUUACGGUCAAUGUACUGUUCUCCAGAUCCUUAUCACCGUUACCUGCCUUUGCGCUCGCGCCGCGACCAUGAUUGACGAGCGCGCUUCCACUGCCCGUCCCGCUCCCUCGUCCUCGCGCACAAAGCCUACAAGUAACGGGCCGAAUACCGUUGCCCUUGACGCGCACAUGCUUAGGUAUCUCGGACAGGUUGUGCAAGAAGGUUUGAUGGAACCUUGCAAAGCGCGAGGAACGGUGUGCGGAGGAUACAUUAUGAUCCCCGAGAGACCUAGCACGGGUGUCCAUGUCUCGACACCAACCCCUCGCGACAGGCUCCGUCGGCGCACCCUCGCUCUAACAUGCCGCGAUCGCCCCCGCCGGCUGCCGAUGUUGCCGCCGCCAAGCAGUAUCUCGGGGCCAUGGGAGGAGGCGCCAGCCAGCAUGGAUAACAACCCUCGCACGAAAAAGCAAACUGUCAAUCAAGAACCACAGCCGGGUCUGCCUCCGCAACUCCAGCCCCACUCAGCCAACGUUCCGCAACCCCCGUCGGCUGGCCCCAAUGUUCUUCCAUCCCCAGCACCUAGCGACGAACCGAGCCCCACGGCCGCGAUCCCGCAAGACAGCGCAAACCAGAACCCGCCAUCGGACGACGCGCCACAGAGCAUGGAAAGGUCCGGUCCGGCCCCGGAUGCCUCCCAUAGAAUACCGGUGACCGAGGCCAGGACAAGCGUCGCGGCUGGCUUUAUCGACGAUCAGGCUCAGAACAUCCGACGUGUCAGCCCAGCGAGGCCAGCGCCCAUGCUCAUCUUGGAUACCUCGAGGUUCCAGAGCCCGCCAGUAGCUGCCCACGCACCCGGUCCGUCUCCCGCCCCCGUCCACGCCGCGUUCCCACCGCCGCCUCAACAACAUAUGUCGCCAAACGGGGCCUCGACCAACACUCCGGCAUCUGCGGCGCCUUUGGGGCCGAGGACCCCGGGACAAUCUCCUCAGGUGCAGGCCGGAGCGCGCGCCGCCUGCUACUCUGCUGGCUCUGCUGGUGCAACAAUGUAUUCGCACUCGGCCAGCCCCGAGUCCCAAUGGUGGGACUACGGUCGCCCUCCAGAAUCACCUCUCGACGAUCUUCCGGUACAUGACCCAAAGUCUCGACCGCUCGAGGAUGAGGUUGGUGACUGA